CUUCUGUGCUACUCUGCACCAUGUGUACGACCAGAGCCACUUCCUCUUGCUUCUCUCCUCCAUAAUCUCUCUAUCAUCUCAUUGUCUCAUAAUUUCCCAAUUUUCAACUCGUUUCAAGCCAACCCAUCCUCGCCUCUCCUUCCCUUCCUUCGGUAAUUCAUCGCUUCUUCCUCAUUUUUCACCCCAAGGAAAAAGUCAAUGCACCGACUGGUUUUCUCCUUUCUUGUGGAUCUGAGUUUCUCGGAGCUCAUUCCCGUGUCUGAAUCUGGACAAAUCUCUUGCGGGUCCUCACAAGUGGGGUUGCAUUUUUGAAUGGCUUAUGAGUUUCUUGUUGGGAUUCUGCUUCUGUUCUGAUUGUGGCAUUUUCAUUUGGGGCCUCAAAGGGUUUCAGCGGUGGUUCUGAGAAUGAGCCACUAAAACGAGGCUUAGACGAACAAGUAUAUUAUUUUUUAUCUGAUAUAGACAAAAUUGAAGCAUCAAGAGGCCAAGACUAUAAUAUCCCCUCAAGACUCAGUCAUGUACAGGUCAUUCAUGACAUGUGAUGAUCCAAAAGGAGUCGUGGACUGUGGGGCAAUCAGAAAGUCCAGGGCUGGAUCACAGAAAAUGAAGGACAAGAUGAAGAGCCGGAGGACGGCUGAGAAAUCGGAAGCAUCUUUGCCUAAGAAAUCAGACAGAGAAGAAAUUGUCCCAAAAGGAUCCACAGAAAGCUCUGUCGAUCCAUCUUCCUUGCAGCUUAUGGAGGUCUCUAGAGGGGUUCAAAAGUUGAACAACAUGGUUGAUUCAUGGUCUAGGGACAUGAGAUAUAAUGUAAGGUCUGAAAAUAUUGCAAAAGAUUUGUUGGAAGGAGCUCUUGAUCUCCAAGAAUCUCUAGCUGUGCUUCGAAAGUUGCAAGAAGCUUCACAGCACAAGUGCUGUUUGCAGAAAAAACAGAAUGAGAAACCAGAAAGAGGAAGAACUGAUGCGAAGAUGAUGGAUGGAACAUACACCAACCAAUUUAGCGAACUGAGUUACCCCAUGGGAUUUGAAAGGCCUCCCCUUUCUGCUCAUGAUUCUUCAAGAAAUUGCAGAGAGGAGCUUAAGAAAGUGAUCAAAGACAGUCUGGUUAGGCAAAAUCUGUUUACGUCAAGUUCUGAAGUAUUGGACUCAGCGUCUGAAAUUCCCUCAACAAGCUCAAGCCAAUCUUCUGGGGUUCAUGCUGAUAGGCUUUCUGAUUCAUCUUUUUCAUCAGGCACUUCAAAGGUGAGAGGUCCCAAUCUAGUUGCCAAGCUAAUGGGUUUAGAAGAAGCCACCUCAAGAUCAUUUCCAGCUGCUGCACAGAAACAGUUGCAAGGUGAAAAGAUUCUUAAUCAAAAGAGACCUACAUUUGAGAUAGAUAUCCCCAAGUUAAAAAAGACUAGUUCUAUAAUUGAGAAGGUUGAUCCAGAACGAAAGAAGACCUUGAGUGAAAUUCUUGAGAGGAUUCAUUUUAAAGGACUCUUGAAGAAGAGUUCUGUUUUAGAGCCUAAUCUUUUGAUUCAUCAUUCCAAUGAUUACCGUCCCAAACAGUGUGAUAGUUUACCACCCAUUGUACUCAUGAAACCUGGACGUAGUUUACACCGGGAAUCAGUUAAAUCCCAUGCUCCUCCAGAUCCAGAAGGCCUAUCCCUUGCCAAACCAAAAGCAGAGGUAGUCCCUUCCAAAUCAUUCAAACAAAAAGGGUCCACCAGCAUGGGGAACAGAGCAGAUCAUGUGACCAAAGGGCUUACACAUGAGGAAAAGCCUAAAAUUCUCAAAGAGUUCGUGAAACUGGAUGAGAAAGUAAUCAUGCCCGUUGAAAAGUCUCCAAAUAUGGUGAAAUCAUAUAGCAAUGCAAGUCAUAAACUGCAGGUACAGGAGGCAAAUGAGAAGAAAGCUGAGGUGAAAACUGUUACCAGAAAGCUACCAGAAAAGGAGAUUUCAAAACCUAAACUUUUGACAAGGUCCCAAGAUCGAAGUGAAAUUACCUCCACAAAGUUGAGGACACCACCUAGCGAAUUGACCAGAGUCAAGAAUGAGACUUCCUGCCAGCAGAGUACAGCUUUGAUCAUCAGCCCAAAAACAAAAACACUAAAGCAUCUUAAUUUCAAGCAGAGAAAGAAUCAGAAUAAUAGCAAGAAGCCUAUUCCAGAGCCUGAAGAAGCUAAACCAGUUGAUGAACAAUCAGGACCUGAAGAAGAGAAGAGUAUUGCUGUUCCUUGUGAAGAUGAUUGCACUGAGAUUAGAACUAUAGCGGAACACGCAGUUGAAUUUCUGGUGAAACAUGAAGUAGAUGCCUCUUUGAAUAAGAUAGAUGAAGAUUGUUAUCAGAGACCGAAGUCCUCAGGUAAUGAUGUUAUGCUGCUCAAGCUUGAACAAGGAAUUGAUUCUACUUCUGCUGAAGAAGCUUAUGAUGGGAACAACGGUGGGGAGGUGGAUGGCAAGGCUGACAAAGAGGGGGCUGAGCUGAAAUAUUUUCUUUUAACCAAUCAAUUAUUUAUAGGCCAUGCAGAGGAGCUCCUCAAUCUUGAUGUUGAUUGUCCCAUGACCCUGCAAAAAUAUGAAACAAAUGGGAUAGCCUAUCCCAAACUCUAUUUGGAUUGUGCAAAUGAACUCACUGAGCGUAAAAGCCUGCAAGAUUCACAAAUGGUUCAUCCAUUCUUGCUAACUCGGGCAGGGAACGUAAGAUUACAGAUCUCUUUAGGCAGGUUGGUUGAAGAAAUCUAUAAUUCCAUUGAGAAGCUGAAGUUUUACACCAUGAUCUCUGGGGAGAAAUUCUCUACAGAUGAUCAUUCUGCAAUGAUGCAAAGAGAUAUAAAGUGCAAUGGGCUGAUCAAUGGAAUAUGGGACUACGGUUGGAAGCAUGGAUUUUCUGCAGAUGAAUCUGAGCAAGUUGUCAGCGAAGUAGAGAGCCUAGUUUUAUGUGGGUUGAUUGAGGAGCUUAUUCUGGAUUUAUGAUUAUAUGUUAUGAAACGUAUGAAUAUGCAGUUUCCAAGAGUCAGCAACUAAAAUAAUUAUUGCAUAUCAUGCAAUGUUUGUGCAAGCAAAGAGUUUAGAUUGAAUUUGCGCAGAAGGGACUUAUGCGUGAAUUCAAUUGUAGCUGUUGCAAGUACAAACACUAGGCGUGCAAAAAUUUUCAUAUCUUACCAUGAAUUUAGGGUUUCUUUUCGGCCAAAAUAGGGGGGUUGAUUAGAGAUUUAAAUGACAAAACAGGAAAAAAGAAAAAGAAAAAGAAUAGCCCAUUCAGAGUGUUACUCUGCUAUGAAAAGAAUUAGGUAGAUUGUACAUGUGGAUUACACAUUAAACAGCCAUUGG